AUGGCCGGAUCCCCCCAGGCUGGACACACUCUGAGCCUCACGUGGCAGCGUCUCCUGCUGGCCCUGCUGGAAGCUUUGUGUUACAGCCAUGUCUCUGGGUCUUGGAAAUCCUUGCUCCCUGGGACCAUCCGGGCUCUGAAGGGUUCCUGCGUCGUCAUCCCCUGCUCGUUCACCUACCCCGGCUCCCGUGAGUCCUUGGGUGGUCCAUUCAGCAUAGUCUGGUACCAGUACCGGAGCUGGGGCUACCCUGAGAUCUAUAACAGCAAGGGCCCGGCGAGCGUGCUGGCCGAGUACCAGGCCCGGACGCAGCUGCUGGGGGAUCCAGAGAUGGGGAACUGCACUCUGAGCCUAAGCCCCGUGCGGAGCGAGGAUGCCAUGAGUUACUAUGUCUGGAUCAACCCCAACUCCGUCAGGCAUCGCUUCUACGACAUCACAGUCCGGGUGGAGGUGGCAGACACUCCAGACCCGCUGAUGCUGAGUGACCCCGGGGUGCUGAUCGAGGGCCACCGAACCACCAUCACCUGCUCCAUCCGCCACACCUGCCCCUCGGCCCCUCCCAGCCUGGGCUGGAGCCCCAGGGGGGGCAAAGCGGUGACCAGCCAGGAGCAGCUGGUGGGGGGCGGCUGGCGGGCGGAGUCAGAGCUGAGCUACACCCCCUCGUACAAGGACCACGGGCAAUACCUGCAGUGCACGGCCACCUUCCCCAACCAGCAGCAGGCUCGCAAUGGGCUGCACCUGCAGGUCAAGUAUCGCCCGCGGGGCGCGGCUGUGGCCGUGGUGGGGCCGACCCGGCUGAAGGAAGGCGACAACGUCACCCUGCGCUGCACCAGCCAGAGCCACCCCCCGGCCACCACCUACCGCUGGUUCCAGGGGCCGCGCCGGACCCUGCUGCGGGGGCUGGGCCGGGGCCCCGAGGUGACAGUGCUGGCUGUGGGGCGCCACUCGGGGCCCUACCGCUGCGCCGCCGAGAACGAGAUCGGCCUGGGGGAGGACUCGCCCGCCGCAAACCUCGACGUGGAGUACCCACCGGAGCUGCUGCCGCGGGGGAACUGCACGGUGCGGGGCCGCGGGCCCGGGGCAGCGGCCACGUGUCACUGCGCGGCCGAGGGGAACCCCCCGCCCCGCCUGGAGUGGCGCUUGUCCACCCGCACCCUCCCCGGGGACUUCGAGGGCCCUGAGCUGCGAGCGACCUCGUGGGCGCGGGGCCCGGCCGUGAGCGGGGAGCUGCGGGGCCCGGCCGGGGCCCUGGCCAACGUGUCCUGCGCUGCCACCAACGCCCACGGGCAGAGCCAGGCCGCGCUGCCCGUUGUGCCCGCAGGGGACGAUAAUUUGCUGCUCAUGGUCUCCAGCGGAGUCAUUGGUGGCGUUCUGCUCCUCUCGGUGCUGGCGAUCGUGGUCUACAAGGUAGCCAGAGCCAGGAAAGAUGAAGAAGAGGGUCCCUCGAUCUACGACAAUGAAGGCAACGGGGAGCAGAGGCCGUCCCUCAAGGGGGGGAAGCCGAGCAAGAUGACGAAAGACGAGCAGUUCAACCUAUACAGCAAGGCAAAGGCGGGGGGAGAGGAGCUGGGCAUUGACGACUACGAGGCCAUGGAGAGAGUGGAAGACUAUGAGAAUUUAGCAGCAGGAGGAGCCGGACAUUACGGGAACGUUGGCACUUGGCAGCCGCAUGUGCUGUCUGAGCAGAUCUACUCCAACGUCUAA